AUGCUGUAUAUCUUGUCUGUACAAGGUCAACAGUUACGAAUUAUUCGAGAUUAUUUUGGUGAUGUCUGUCAAUAUUCAGCAGCCAGUUCGAUUAUUGAUAUGGCUGAUGUACUCAAUGAUCCGUCCGUUCCUCGCAUGCCACUCAUUGUUGUUCAUUUGGUCGAUCUUCGUGCUAAUACCGUCGAAACGAAGAUUUUAACAUCAAAUCAUUGUCCAUAUGUUGGAGAAUUAUUGAACAACAGAACAAUUAUGGAGUUUUCUUAUAUGAAAUGUAUCAAAUUUUAUCGGCCAGCUUGCUUUAAACUUGGUACAAAAUGUUUUUUUGAUGGAUUACACAUGUGCCUUUGCGAUGGUAAUGCUCAUAUGGAAUAUUUCCUAUUUGAUCAUUCAGCCGGCAAUUGUACAGAUAAAGGUUACUGUCAAAAUGGUGGUCAUUGUGUUGAACCGGUACAAAAACAGCCAAUAGACGAUUUCGGUUGUGUUUGUCAACCUUGCUUCUAUGGCCAACUAUGCCAAUUUACAAUAACAAUAUAUUCCAUAUCGUUAGAUGCACUCAUCGGACCAGAUCUCUAUCCAGAUAAAUCUUUAAGCGAAUAG